AUGUCGGGUCCGCGUGCGUUCGACUUUGAGGAGGUCGAGGACCGCGACGGCGUCAGGCUCUCGUGGAACGUCUGGGCCGGAAGCAGGAUCGAGGCGACCAGGACCGUCGUGCCCAUCGGAGCGCUGUACACUCCGCUGAAGGACCGUCCCGACCUGCCGCCCGUCUUGUACGAACCCGUCACCUGCAAGGCUCCCUGCCGAGCCAUCCUCAACCCGUACUGCCAGAUCGACGUCCGCGGUAAGCUGUGGAUCUGCCCCUUCUGUCUUCAGCGCAACGCCUUCCCUCCCCACUACAAGGACAUCUCGAACAACAACCUCCCCGCCGAACUCCUGCCCCAGUACACGACUAUCGAAUACACCCUCUCGCGCCCCGCCCAAAUCCCGCCCAUCUUCCUCCUUGUCGUCGACACCUGCCUCGAGGAGGAUGACUUGAAGUCGCUCAAGGAGGCGCUCGUUGUCGCCAUCAACGACAUGCCGCCUCACGCGCUCGUCGGCCUCAUCACCUACGGAACAAUGGCCCAAGUGCACGAGCUCGGCUAUACCGAGUGCCCGAAGUCGUUCGUCUUCCGCGGCACGAAGGAGUACACGACCAAGUCGAUCAUGGAGAUGCUCGGCCUCGCGCCUCCAACCCGCCAAGGCGGACCCGGCGGCCCUCCUCCCAACGCCCCUCCUCCUGCUCUCUCCGGCGCAGCCCGUUUCCUCCUCCCCGUCUCGCAAGUCGAGUACAGCCUCACGACCAUCCUCGAGACGCUGCAAAAGGACGCAUGGCCCGUUCCGUCCGACAAGCGUGCGCAGCGUUGCACCGGCGUCGCGAUGAGCGUUGCAGUCGGCUUGCUCGAGACGACGUUCCCCAACACGGGCGCGAGGAUCAUGUUGUUCACCGGUGGACCGGCGACGGAGGGACCUGGAAUGGUCGUUGGCGUCGAGCUGAGGGAGCCCAUUCGCUCGCACCACGAUAUCGAGCGGGACAACGUCAAGUAUUUCAAGCGGGCGACGAAGUUUUACGAGGCGCUCGCACGACGCGCAGCACAGAACGGCCACGCCAUCGACAUCUUCAUCGGCUGCCUCGACCAGGUCGGACUGCUCGAGAUGAAGACGCUGUCGAACUUUACGAACGGCUUCAUGGUCCUUGCGGAUUCGUUCAGCAUGCAGCUCUUCAAGGCGUCGCUGCGUCGAGUGUUUGCGAAGGACGACCAGGGGCACUUGCAGAUGGGUUUCAAUGCAACGUUCGAUGUGCAGACCACGAAGGAGCUGAAAGUGUCGGGCUUGAUCGGCCACGCCAUCUCGGCGAACAAAAAGUCGGCUUGGGUCGGCGAGACGGAGAUCGGUAUCGGCCAGACGUCGGCGUGGAAGAUCUGCUCGCUCACGCCGCGGACAGCCAACGCCGUCUACUUCGAAGUCGUCACCCCCGCCGGCCAACCUCUCGCACCCGGCGCCCGCGGCACGAUCCAGUUCGUCACGCACUACCAGCACUCGUCCGGACAGUACCGUCUUCGCGUCACAACCAUCGCGCGGAACUUUGCAGAGCCGGGCAACCCGGCCAUCUCGGACAACUUUGACCAGGAGGCGGCAGCGGUGCUCAUGGCCCGCAUCGCGACGUACAAGGCCGAGAUCGAUGACAGCCCCGACGUCCUGCGCUGGCUCGACCGCAUGCUCAUCCGCCUCUGCCAGAAGUUCGCCGAGUACCGCAAGGACGACCCGUCGUCGUUCCGCCUCAACGAGAACUUUGUCAUCUACCCGCAGUUCAUGUUCCACCUGCGGCGAAGUCAGUUCUUGCAGGUCUUCAACAACUCGCCCGACGAGACGGCGUACUACCGACACAUCCUCAACUCGGAGGACGUCAACAACUCGCUCAUCAUGAUCCAGCCGACGCUGAUGAGCUACGCGCUCGAAGCCCAACCUGAAGCUGUCCUCCUCGACUCUAUCUCGAUUCAGCCCGACCGCAUUCUCCUCCUCGACACCUUCUUCCACAUCCUCAUCUUCCACGGCGACACGAUUGCGCAGUGGCGCAAGGCGGGUUACCAGGACCAGGACGGCUACGAGAACUUGCGAGACUUGCUCAAGCUGCCGCACGAGGACGCGCAGGACCUCCUCGCCGACCGCUUCCCUCUGCCUCGAUACGUCCAGACCGACCAGGGCGGCUCGCAAGCUCGUUUCCUGCUCUCCAAGCUCAACCCUUCGACGACGCACGCAUCCGGCGGCCAGUACGGCCAGCCUCCUGUCGGCGCAGCCAUCUUUACCGACGACGUCUCGCUGCAGGUCUUCAUGGAGCACCUCAAGAAGCUUGCGGUCACCGGUUCGAGCUAG